GUCCUCCACACCGCGGCACCAGGCGGCGUCGAGCCCCGGACAGCGUCGCCCUUUGUCGGGGUGUUGUUUGAAUGUAGACCCGUGGGGACAUCCACGUCCGCGGAGCUCGCUCGCCAGCAAGUAACCGGGGGAGUAGUGAGUUUGAGGCGAUGAGUUGGAGUGAAUCUCAGUCUGCUGUGGUUUGUUGAUGGAUGCUUUGUCCAACAACAGGCCUCUGGUCAGUGCUGCUGUGGUCAUAGCCUGUGACAUACAUGGCCACACUUGGUCACUGGGUCUGCUGAGCUGAACUUGUGUAACAGCGGCUAUUUUGAGGGUUGCUGACUGGACACCUCAAGACCUCCUGCAGCAGCUUCGGUAUUUACAUGACCAGUGGAGUUACAGAAGGAGCUGAGGUCACAGUGUACGAUAUGUGAACCUGGUGGUGUUUGAUGACUUGUUCAGCUGAUCAUCACACAACAUCACAGCCAACAACACUUGCUGGUGCAACUUCUCCUUCAUUUGUCCUUGCCCCUGCACGCAGCAGCCUCACAGAUAGACAGAGCAACCAGUCUGCAAGAAGAGUGCUGCCAGGACUGUUUCCUCAUGGAAUAUAUUUAAUCAGUGCCACCCAGCCAAUGCUACGCAUUGUUUCUCCAUUGUGCCGGUCCAAACACCUAUUUGAUAACAUCGUCCUGAGAACAGUCCUCAUAACAGCGCCGCUCCACUCAGGUAGAUUUCUUAUAAUCUAGAAGCCAGAGGACCCAAAUAAGAGACGCUGCUGAAGAGAAGUCAGAGGACAUAAUUAUUGUUUUUCCUCAUCAUCCUUGAAGUUCGGACAAAGUGCAAUCAUGGGGGCCACGGGCUAUGGCUACUAUCGUGUAGUCAUCUUCCUGUGCAUGUUCAUCGGCUACUCGCUGUACUUCUUCAACAGGAAGACCUUCUCCUUCGUCAUGCCCUCUGUGAUGGAGGAGAUUGAACUGGACAAAGAUGACUUGGGUCUGAUCACCAGCAGCCAGACAAUGGCCUAUGCCAUCAGUAAGUUCAUCAGCGGCGUGCUGUCUGAUCAGAUCAGCGCCCGCUGGCUGUUCUCCAUCGGCCUCUUCCUGGUGGGGGGGAUCAACAUCGCCUUCUCCUGGUCCUCCACUGUAUCCAUGUUCUCACUGCUCUGGUUCAUCAACGGCCUGGGACAGGGCUGUGGCUGGCCCCCCUGUGGGAAAGUGCUGCGAAAGUGGUUUGACCCCUCUCAGUUUGGAACAUGGUGGUCGGUGCUGUCCUGCAGUAUGAACCUGGCCGGGAGUCUGGGUCCAAUCCUGGUCACGGUGCUCCUGCACUACUAUGACUGGAGGACUAUCCUGACCAUGUCGGGAAUUUUCUGUGCCUCCUUCUCGUUUGUUUGUCUGGUGUUUGUAAAGAAUGAGCCAAAGGAUGUGGGCCUUCCCAGCAUCCAGCCCGCGGCCAAGAAGGGGGCGAAGGGAGGCAACAACGAGAGCACCCUGAGUGAAUUCCUCCUCUCCCCCUUCCUAUGGGUGCUGUCUCUGGGCUACUUGGUGGUGUUCGGGGUGAAGACAGCUGCCACCGACUGGGGACAGCUGUUCCUCAUGCAGGAGAAAGGCCAGACCGUUCUUAUGGGCAGCACCUACAUGAGUGCCUUGGAGGUGGGAGGAUUUGUGGGCAGUCUCGCAUCAGGCUUCCUCUCAGACAGAGCAGUGGCUCGGAAAGGCUUGGGCACCCAUGGAAACCCCCGACAUGGCCUGCUCCUUUUCAUGAUGGCUGGCAUGUAUGUGUCCAUGUACCUCUUCAGAGUCACCAUCACACCUGAAAUCCCAAAGGAGGCUCCUCUUUGGGUUCAAGUCAUUCAUCCCUUGUCUGUCCUCAUCGGGGUGUCAGAAAAAGAGAUCUGGAUCCUCUUCCUUGGUGCCAUGUUUGGAUUUUCUUCUUACGGACCAAUUUCCUUGUUUGGGGUGAUAGCCAGUGAAAGUGCUCCUUCAAACUUCUGUGGAACCUCUCAUGCUGUUGUGGCCCUGAUGGCCAAUGUGGGCGCUUUUAUGGCGGGGCUUCCCUUCAGCACCAUUGCCAAAAAGCACAGCUGGGACAUGGCUUUCUGGGUAGCCGAGGUGACGAUGGGCAUCGCAACCAUCGGUUUCUUCCUGGUGCGUAACAUGCGCACCAAAAUGGGACGGAUCACGGAGAAAAUGGACUAAUGUACCUGCCUGAGCCAACGUUAAAGUUCUUUGGUGUGAAUAUAGAGAGACUGAGUUUAUGCACUGUUGAGUGCUCUGUAUACAGAAUACAGCACAUUUAUACAACUCCUAUCUGACCAACACAUGUAGAUACUCAGGGUGGGUGGAUGUUGUCAAAUAACUUUUAAUUCACAAUCAGGCAUUAGAUCAUCAUUGUUAAUCACAUGCUUACAUUUUAGUGCUUCCACAUGAUCGAGAAGCCAUUUUCAUGAACUGUAGAGAUAUUUCAAAGUUGCUUUAUGACAUCUGUGUGCUGAAGAGAACAAGAACAAGUCUUUAAAUGUUGGGUGGAUUCAGUCGAGAUUGUGUGCCGCUCAGUGCAUACCCUGCCUUCAGUGGAGGUAUUUAACUUAUUGAAUGUUUACUGAUGGUUCUGUAUAUUAUAGACUUCUAUUUGCACAGAUGUAGCAUACAUCAUGGUCAUCGAUCAUUUUACUAAUACCUCAAGUAUUUGUAAACAUGUAAUAGGUUCAUUAUGUCACUGAAGUUAAGUAACUGGAGAUCAUGUGAUUUUUAUAUUAAUGCUACAGAAAGAACUUUGAAGCAAUAUUCUGAGGCCAUGUCCACUUUUUUAUGUGACUUGUUUGUAAGGAUCUAUAUACAUAAGACAUGAAACCUUUGCUACAGGUGUUUAGUCACUGCCGUUGUGGUUGUGCACUGCACUAACAACUUCUAUAUUCACAACUUUCUCACGUCUAGAAUCUGAGUCGUGUCAAGUCCAGUAAUAAAGUGGUCAAACAGAACCACUCGAGCAAAUCUAUAUAUUACUGAAUUUGUACAAAGGACUUGAAAUGGUGAAAGAAAUCUGAUAUUAAAUGUGAAAUUAAAUCAAACUAUA